AUGGCAUUCCCCACCUCAUAUCACCAUGGAGAUUCGGAUGCGGACGAUGAAUAUGAAAGAAGCGUCCUGGUAUCGCCUCGCCUUGUGGACGACUCCGAAGCAUCCCCCACCGAUUCAGAACCGCCAUCGGCCCAAAAUACGCCCACAACUUUCACAAAUACGGCCGACGAACGCAGUUCGCCGACGUCGUCGAUAAUAGAAUGGUCUGCGGAGGACUGUGCGAAUUUUGCUACGAAUCUUGGGCUGCAGCAAUACCGUGACUCGUUUAUUGAGAACGAGAUUGUUGGAGAAGCAUUGAUUGCGUUAAGGCAUGAAGAGCUAAAAGAGCUGGGGAUAUCCAGUGUCGGCCAUCGGUUAACUCUCCUAAAAAGCGUAUACGAGAUAAAAGUUAAGCAAGGAGUGUCGUUUGACCCAGACCAUUACGUUCCUCUAUCUGCUGAGCAAAGCAACGCAAAGGAAAUCGCCACUCAGGAAGACGUUGCGCUCCUAAUAAGGACCAUCCGGAAACGGGACGAAAGACUCGCUGCGGCAGAAUCGGAAUUGCGAAAAUUAGCAGAUGAUUACAGGAGGCUUCGAGAGGAAUUGCUGCCCGUAUUUAAGAUGGCCAAAGACAGAUCCCAGCCCCUACCGUAUCAACCGACCUCAUCCUAUGCCGGCUCUACCCUGGUAUCGGAUCCGUAUAACCACGAACCAUCCGCAACUUCGCCUUCAAUCAUGACUCAACCGGAAAAGACAGGCCCUAGUCUCUCCCGGACCUUCUCGAAAAAGCUCUUCGCUGGAGGGACUACUCCGAAAACCAACUCACCUACCCAUAUUCCGCAAUCUAUACCUGAGGGACGAGCAUAUAGUGACACUUCGACCUUGGACCCGUCCGCUGCUGCUAUGGCUGCUUCAUCCCAUCUAACCGCUUCCAUGAACGGUGGCCAACCUUCGCCCAAAGGCAUCCCAUCCCCCACAUCCCCCGCCAGCUUCUACCCACAACAAACUCUUGCAUCUCGAUCAUAUUCCCGGGAGACGGCGAGUAUCAACCGCUCCCAUGAUCACCCCGAAGACCCGCAAUCACAACAACGCCACGAUCGCUCGACACCAGGCCACCCCAGUUCCAAUAGUAAUCCACCCGGCUCUCGUGCUCAAAAUGACCCUGCAGGCCCCAGCGUCGAAAUUUUCAAGUCUUUCCGUGUUUCUAUGGAAGAUCCGUGUUACAGAGUCCUACCUGCUGCGCUUAAGAAGUAUAAUAUCCACGAAGACUGGCGACACUAUGCUCUCUAUAUUGUCUAUGGCGAUCAAGAACGGUGUCUUGGCCUCGACGAAAAACCUUUGAUCUUAUUUAAACAGUUGGCCGGUGAUGGCCAGAAGCCUAUGUUUAUGCUACGAAGACAAACGCCAAUAAGUGAUGGCACAGCAACGAAUAUAUACCCUGGGGGUGGGAUUGGCAUUGCGCCGGGAAGUGCGAGCAUCGACGGAGGAGGGGGAGGGGGCCGGGUGCAACCUGGAGCAAUUCAGCUGCCUGGCGGUGUCUUAUGA